GGAUACUGAACAUUCUAAGCCCUGAUAAAACAGACUGUCAGAUGUCACUGAUGGCCUGGCAAGGAUUGGAGAUCAUUUGUUUAUUUUGGCAAGAACUGCACAAUUGUUAUCAUUUCCAAAGUAGUACUCCUGUAUCCUGGGUAUAGGGGCCAGGAUGACAAAGGAUUAGCAUGAUCAAGUUUGUAUAUUGGCAGAGUAAUUGUGGCAUAGACAAGGGAUGAAGUUAUUGUGGUUUUAAGUCUGCAUGUCUGGGUCUCGACUUAGAAAUAAAGUUUGCAGGUCAGCAGUAGUGGGGGAUAUAGGCAGAUUGAAAGAUGUAGAAGAGCUAAAAAUCCCAGUGAGGGGAGUAAGAGAUCGAGAGCUGGAAGAAUGGUUAGUAGAAGUUAAAAGAUGGUUUGUUUAGAACUGCACAAUUGCUUGGAACUUUAGAAUUUAGAAUUUAGAGAAGUGAAAGGCCCUUGUUGUAGCCAAGGAUUAGUGGGUGAAAUGGAGGGUAGAAGGAUAGAUGAAGGUUAGACCUUUGAACAUGGAAGUAAAGCCACCUCUCUGCUACCCCAUACCUACUGAUCUUUUCUCUCCAGCCUCUGGGAGUUAGAUGAAGACUGAACCCAGGGAAUUCAGUGAGUGAUCAAGAAUCAGUAGAUGCCAGUUACACAGAGUGCAGACAGCAAGAUGGGGUGGAGCUCAAAGGAGCACAGGCACUGGCAUAAGGGGGAAGGAGUGUCCCAGAAGCCUUAGUGGAGUUACAAGAAUGCCAGCAUGACUCUGAUGAAAUCCUUCCAAACGCUGGCAGAGCCCAAGCUCUGACCACUGGAAUAAAUGGGAGGUCAUAUUUACUGGAAUAAAAGUGGUUAAGGAACACAUGAGGUGAACAGUCGGGUCAUUUCCAGUGAAAACAGAUUCUUAAUCAAGUACCAGCUCUGUGGAUCCAGGACAGAGCAAGCUAAGAAGAUGGGUCGAUUGAAGAGCCAUCUGAAAGUGUGCUUUCUACCUUCUGUGCCCUUUUUAAUCUUAGUAUCCACUCUAGCCACUGCUAGGAGUGUGACAAACAGCACUUUAAAUGGCACUGACAUGGUCUUGGGCUCUGUGCCUGUAAUCAUGGCCAGAACUGACCAUAUCAUAGUCAAGGAAGGGAACAGUGCCUUGAUUAACUGUAGCGUUUAUGGCGUCCCUGACCCACAAUUCAAGUGGUAUAAUUCCAUGGGCAAGCUGCUGAAAGAAGAAGAAGAUGAGAAGGAAAGAGGAGGAGGAAAAUGGCAAAUGCAUGACAGUGGCCUCCUGAACAUCACCAAGGUGUCUUUCUCAGACCGAGGUAGAUACACGUGUGUGGCUUCCAACAUCUAUGGCAGUGUGAACAACACGGUGACCCUGAGAGUCAUCUUUACCUCUGGGGACAUGGGCGUCUACUACAUGGUUGUCUGCCUCGUGGCCUUCACCAUCGUCAUGGUCCUCAACAUCACCCGCCUGUGCAUGAUGAGCAGCCACCUGAAGAAGACUGAGAAAGCCAUCAACGAGUUCUUUAGGACAGAAGGUGCAGAGAAGCUGCAGAAGGCAUUUGAGAUCGCCAAGCGGAUCCCCAUCAUCACCUCAGCCAAAACUCUAGAGCUUGCCAAAGUCACCCAGUUCAAAACCAUGGAGUUUGCCCGCUAUAUUGAAGAGCUUGCCAGGAGCGUGCCUCUGCCUCCUCUCAUCAUGAACUGCAGGACGAUUAUGGAGGAGAUCAUGGAAGUGGUGGGGCUGGAGGAGCAGGGGCAGAACUUUGUGAGGCAUACUCCCGAAGGCCAGGAGGCUGCAGACAGGGACGAGGUCUACACGAUCCCCAACUCUCUGAAGCGAAGUGACUCUCCCACCGCCGACUCAGAUGCCUCGUCCCUGCACGAACAGCCUCAGCAGAUUGCCAUCAAGGUGUCCAUUCACCCACAGUCCAAAAAGGAUCACGUGGACGAGCAAGAGGGUGCACAGUCUGAAGUCAAAGAUGAAGAGGAGACAGAACCAUCGGGCGAACAUUCCCCAGACACUGCAGAGCCUUCUACAGAUAUAACAUCCACGGAACUAACGUCUGAAGAGCCGACCCCUGUUGAGGUAUCAGGUCGAGGGCUGCCACCACCUCACCCGGAGACUGCAGAGCCAGCAGUGACACAUGACAAAAACACCUGCAUUAUUUACGAAAGCCAUGUCUAAUAUCAACUCCGAAAAGCUAUGCAUAUCAAGAAAAUCAGGGGCUGCUCCUUGUAAUACAGAUGUAGUACGCACUUGCCGCCAAGCCUUACCAGGAGACUCUCAUCCCUUAGGUAGGAGUGAUGCCGUUUUAAAAGGGGAAACACCCGUGUGCAGUGUAUGCGACUGGAAUUUCCCCAGUAGGAAAGGAUGCAAGCAACAUCAGGGCGCGAACUGAUCAUGUUGGACAGAAGGUGUCUGUCCACACGAUGUGAAUUUCAGAGGCCAUUCUCUGCCGAAUCCUUUAAUUGGUGUUGCCCUUUUGGCAAAGAGUACACUACUGUAAGAUAUCCUGAGUUAAGAGCCCUGUCCAAUGCAUACUGCAUUGCUUUUCCUUUUAAAAAUUAUAGGUCUGCUACACUAGCAAAUGCACGUACUUGGGUUUGUUGCACUUUCUUCUCAGUUUUACUUACUUACUCUCCCUGUUCCUUUAUAAUGGAGUAGUUAGUCCUCUUUGCCACUUUUGUCCUUAUUUUUCCCUCGUACGUUUACCUCACAGGCUUCAGUGUCUGUCAUCAGUACCAGGGCUGAUAUCUACAGGUCAUUUGUAAUGUUUCAAACUAGCUUUCUAGGCUCUUUUUUUUUUUUUUUCGUUCCCCAAGCCUAUUUUCAUGCAUUGCUUUUUUUGUUUGUUUCCAGUGAAGCUGCUGUUAUGAAACUGAGAAAAACUUUGCCCCCAGAAUAGCACUUUAAUAGUCAAAUAAAAAUGUAUUUACUUAUCCAAUUCUGAGAGCCUUUUGGUGAGCUCAACUGGAGGGAAAUUGUAACAGGUUAAAUACACCCUUAUUACCCAUGGACACCUCUGUUUAUGCUUAAGCAACAUCAGCCUCCAAAGACUGAUUCUUUACCUGGAAAACCUGUUACUUACAAAGACAGAUACAUUUGCUGAAUUCCUGUAGGUUGGCUUUCCAGGAGGGCUUUUCAGGGACCAUAUGCCAUAGGUUGAUUCAAACACUUGAUCUGACAUUUGUGAACUAGUGUAACCAGAUCUACUUUUCUUAAAUGUAUAGCUGACUUGUUGAUGGUCAAGGGAGUGAAAAGUUAGCAUAAUGGCAUAAACUUUCUUGUAGAGAUUGUUCAAUUAUUGUUCAGUCACACAAGAAAGCAGUUACAUAUGAGGGUGCAUCAUGUUAUGGAAAGAAGACAAAACUAGCCAUUGAAAAGUAUAAUACCUGACUGUGCCCAUGACCAGCUGCCUGCUUUGCAAAGUCUGGGACUCAGUUUCCAUAUCUGUAAGAGCGAGCAGAACAGACGAACCCUGAGCACCAUUUCAGUGGUCUCACUCUAACAGAACCAAACAUAUGUUAGCAUCCUUGCUCUCUUCCACAAUUCCUUUAAGGGUUUUUGCCUCUUCUCUGGGUCCAUCUAACUUUUUUGUGCUGCAUUACUUAAAGAAGGAGGAUCGGUUUUAAAACAUUAUAGCAUAUUAAACAAAUUGUGAAUUGUCUCCCCCAACCCCCAAAUCAUUAGGACCACUUGUACAAUUUAGAUUUAAUCCUGUUGAGAAUGAGUGUUAUCACUUAGAGGUAAGGGAGGCAGUAACCUUCAAGCAGUUACAAGGCCAUGACCAUGUCAAGUGACAGGAUUAUGAUGUUGGAGGUUCCAUGGGCCACACUGGCCAUGAGAGAGCAUGUCUAGAUGUUUAGUCCUCAUUCUGUCACCACCUGGGGAAGUGACCAUAGGCAGCAGUCUUCCUCUCUGUGGUUUAGUUCUCAUCUAUAAAUUAUGUAAGCAGCACUUGAUCCACAAAAUUGCUUUCAGCUCCAACACAGUUUUAAGGAAAAUGUGUGAUCUGUGAUAGGCUCCAUUUCACAGGAUAAGCAAAACUGGAGCAAAAAUGAAAUGCCUGAGACUGGAUCCUUUUGCUGAUCAAACUUUAUAGCAAACAUAACUCAGCUCUGUAACUCAGGGCAGUUACAGAAGCAGCAGCUUAAAUGGGUUUAUUUAUAAAUCACUGGUAUGGAAGGCAAUCUGACAAGACAUGGAGGUUGAUCAGACAUCUCUUUCAAGCAGUGAACUACUGACAUCUUGUUAGAAGUGUCUGAAGUGGCCGCAUUAGUCGUAAGCAAUCAAGCGAAAUGAUGACUCCUGUUUGGGUCCCCUGAACUAAGCUUUUGUGUGUUUGGAUUAUAGAAAUAUUUUAUUUCCAGCUCUUAGAAUAUAAAACUUUUCCAGUUGUUAGUGAAGUUACAUUCUUACCAUGGAUUUUGUACCCUCAGAGCAACAACAAUAUAAGAAGCUCAUUUUCUAAUAUUGUGUGAAAUUUUCCCCCUUAUGUUCGGUUCUCAUUCCUUCUAAAGGAGAAGGCAUCUAUUCCAUCUAGGGAAAAUAAGCUACAAUAGGGCAGAUUUGUUAAUGAAGCAAGAGCAGAAAUGUGUGACCAAAGAAUCUUUCCAGAUUGGUUUCUGCUUCUUUAGUCCGCAGUUGAUUCAGAGAUUUUCGAAACUUUCUCCCUCUUUAAGGCAUCAACAUGCUCUUCAAAUAAUAGUAGCCACUGUAAAGGGAGGUUGGUUUAUAAUGAGAAUUUCUCCUGCCAGAAAUUCUACAUUCUUCCUCUCCAUCUUACAGCUUCUUUAUGAAGAGAGACCUCCUGCUAGAAUAUGAAAUGCAGACCUCAUGACUUCCUGCUGAUUUUUCAAAGAUCAAAUGAGCUGUUCAGCUUCAUAAAAAUUCACAGGAGCGCAUGAAUAUGUGUGCACAUGCACUCUCAUGCACAUUGGAUGCACUGGGGCAGUUUUAAAGAUUUAACACUACGUCCUGAGCCCUGUCCUUAGCGUCUUGUGUAGGCAUUCUGAAAAUCAAACAAUUUCUGGUUUGAGUCAUCCAGAUCACAUACCUAUCUUGCAGUAAUUUUCUUGACAUUCUGAAAAUGAUUCACACCUGUGUGCAUAUUUAAUUCCUUUAGAUGAUCUGUAAACUUGGAUGGUAUUUAUUCUAAAUGGGGAAAAUAGAAUUUUAUAUGGAAAAUCUAUGUAAUUUAUAAUGGUUUUGUUUUAUAUAUUAUAUUUUCAUAUCUUUAGGGCACAUCUACUAUUCUCAUCUUUUUGUACAUCAUACUUGGCAAAAAGAAAUACUAAUACUUGACUAAAAUCUCUAGGAACCAAAUGUGAUAUGUGUGAUUAUAUAAUGUGUAGAAAUGGCUCUAAAACUAUCUGAAUGUUCUCAUCCAUCCCAAGCAUUCUUGUGUCACUGGAUCUAGAAUGAUUUGUCUUGGAUCUGUAUAUCUUUUUUGCAAUUAAGGCUCAAAGGCUUGACAUAUCUCUUACAAUGGAUUCUAGAAUCCCCUUCCCUCUCUUUCUUAUUGUAUGUCUUAUUUUUAAAUGCAUAAGUCAUUGUCAUUUCCUUUUGAAGAGCAAAUGUGAGAACUCAAGAAAGCAACUUAAUGGAAAAGAAUGAAUGAAUUUAACUAUGGCUGUGUAAAUGAUUUUUCAAUAGACAGAUAACAUGUUUCAAAUCUAAUGCUUGGGGUGUUAUUUACCAGUGAUCCAAGAUCUGCUUGACUAUUUAGCAUGUGAAGAAAAUGUGAGGCGCAAAGAAUAUUUGCAUGUUUUGAACAGGCACACUUGAAACAGUGCAGCCAACACAAAUCAGCUUGACCAAUCCCAGCCCCUGAAAGAAAUAUUUUGAAAAACCAGACUCCUUUUGUUAUACCAUUCCAAAUAUGGUGUUGUAGCUCUGCUGAAAUCCUUGAGUGGCAGUCCCUGUGGUUCUGUCAACUUGGGAUUUCCUUUCUGAUUUUCAUUUGGUCUGAAAAUGGAGCAGUUAAGCUUGUAUUUCAGAGCCUCAAAUUUCUCAGUGCAGUUAAAGUGCCAUCCUCUACCCACCUUCACAUGUCCUUCGGUAGUCCUUUAAUUCCCGUUUCCCUUAUUGCUUUUUAAACUAACUUAUUGGUACUCUUUAAAGAUCUACGAAAUUUCAUUAUAUUCACAUACAUAUUUUGAGUACCUGUUAUCUUCAAGAUAUUGAUAUUCACCUAUUCACUUAAAAAUCCUCCAGUUGAUAACCAAGUUAAUUUUCCUAAUGAUUUUUUAGGGUUUCUUCAGUGAUUAACUGAGUUUAGGUUAAGCCAAUCAAUUUGUAGAGUGUGCGGUAGAGGGGGUGAGGGGUGGAAAAAAUAAAACAGCCUUGCUUAUUGUAUUUUUCAAAGGACUGAGUAUUUAUCUAUUAUCCAAGAAAAUAUCAUACGAGGAUGCUAAUGAUCUUUAACUCAGAUUUUUUUAGAGAUGGAAUUCCUAAAGGGGCUAGUACUAACACUACCAGCAUCAUAACUGAAGCAAGAAGAUAUACACAUAGAAAGUUCUAAGAAUAUUCUGACAAAUUAUUUUUAACUGACAAUAAAAGCCCCCGAAUAUAUCUUUCAGACACCAUAGAACUGCUGUAGUUGAGUUAGGAUCAAAGAUGUCUGCACUUGUGUUUGGUUUGCUGUAUUACAGUAGUUCUGGAUGUCGUUGGUUAAGUGGGAAAAGAAAAUAAAUGUUAUCUGGGCAGAAAUGUUAAUCUGGUGAUUUUGUGAACUAUAAAAUGUUCACAUUUUUAAAGAGAUAAACAAAUGACUAAUAUAUAGGUUGAUAUUACAGUAGCAAAAACAACCAUGUUACCCAUUCUGUAUUUGAUUUUUGCUUUAAUAAAGGGUUUGCACAGGUCUA